AUGUUGAUCGAGGACCAGAGAUAUCUCCAUGAGGACCUUGAGAGGUUAGAGCAGGCUGUCGCUGAUCGCGUGGCGGAAGAACCGCGAAAUAUUCGAGGCCGAUUGGCUCGCGAUCAUGAAGUCGCCCAGUACCUCGAGAGAAUCGAGAGCCAGUCUAAGCGACUUCUAGAGAUCUACAAGGAUGCCGACGGACUACGAGAGAAGGAAAUCCAGGCUAUCUCGACAGGUGAUCAAUUCGAAGAAUUCUACAAGCAGCUCGGAGAGAUCAAGGAGCACCACAAGCGCUAUCCGAAUGAGCCCAUCGAAAACCUUGAGCAGGCAUACACUCGCCGUCACCCUGGCGAAGGAGAAGUUUCCCGUUCCAUAAUCGACAAUAUGUUCACUGGUGAAGAAGGGUUUGGACAAUAUCUGGAUCUUACGUCUUUCCACAAAGAUUACAUGAACCUUCCUGGGAUGAAGCGUUUGAACUACAUUCAAUAUUUGGAAAAUUUCGACUCCUUCACGCUCCCAGCUAUGCCAAUCAAACGUUCCGACAAGAUCUCUGAUCGCUACUUCAGCUACGUCAGCGAACUUGCCGCCUAUUUGGAGAGUUUCAUCAAGCGAACCCAACCAUUGCAACCGUUGAACGACCUUUUCGCCAGCUUCGACAGCGAAUUUGAAAAACAAUGGGCAGCAAAGGAAGUUCCGGGCUGGGCAGAAGAGAAAUCAGAGAACGGUACCUCUGGCCCGGCAACCCAAGGCACCGGCGAGGGCACUUGGUGCGCUGACUGCGAGAAGGAAUUUAAGAAUGCCAAUGUCUACCGGAACCAUUUGACUGCCAGAAAACACAUCCGAGCGGCAGAAGCUCGAAAGGCAGGAGGUACAACCAGCGACAAGCCAUCUGCAUCGGAAAUAAAGUCUUUGGCUCGGAGUUUGAAGGAGCGCGAAGUAGCACGACGUGAACACCAAAUCCGAAGCCUGGCAAACGUCCUGCAGGAAGAGCGACAAGCGACUAGAAUCAAUGUUGAGCGUCGACAGGGUAUGACCGAACGCGAGCGCCAAGCCGAAUUGGAAGCUGUGCAGGCCGGCCUUGACAACCCAGCUCCUGAGGGUCUUGACGGUGAAGAGUCGGACCAUGAUGACGAGGAGCAAGUCUACAACCCGUUGAAGCUGCCACUGGCAUGGGAUGGAAAACCUAUUCCAUUCUGGCUUUACAAGCUCCACGGACUCGGUGUUGAAUACCCGUGCGAGAUUUGCGGAAACUUCACCUACAUGGGUCGCCGAGCAUUUGACAAACAUUUCUCGGAAUCUCGCCACAUCUACGGAUUGACAUGCCUCGGUAUCACAGCAAACACCAAUCUCUUCCGUGAGAUUACCAGCAUUAACGAGGCGAUGGCGCUUGCGGAACAACUCGAAAAGGAGCGCAAAAAGGAGCGGGACAAUCGUGAGAAUGUCGUUCAGAUGGAGGAUGCAGAGGGUAACGUGAUGCCUGAAAGGAUCUACAGGGAUCUGCAAAAGCAGGGUAUCCUCUGA